AUGCUCGAAACUCGAUUGUUCUCGAACCAGUCAAUCAUUCUACCGAGCUUUUCUUCACACAAGUCUAUAGUCAAAUCAGACAAAUUCUGCAAAAAGCUUAACCUAUGUCAAGAAGUGACGGCCCUUACUUCAGAAUUCCACCUAGGAAACUGCGAGGCUUGGCGCGAGACUGUCACCAAGCUCAAGGAUCCUGAGACAAAGAGAUAUUUCAAGCUGCAAAGAACUCUUGACAAAGGGUUUCAAGAUGAAGAAGUGUUUAGCUGCAAAGAAGAUCUGAAGACCAUUCAAAGGUAUGGUGAUUGA